AUGCGGGUGUUGGGAGGACAGGUAAGCGUGGCUUACAAAGAUCUAUGUUUAUUUCCAGAUGUUCAACUGCCGGCAGGGUUUAAGAUGCCCAAGUUUGAUUUGUAUGAUGGGCACGGUGAUCCAGUGGCGCACUUGAGAUGUUUUUGUAGCAAAAUGAGGGGAGCUGGUGGGAAAGACGAGUUUCUAAUGGCCUAUUUCAGUCAGAGUCUGAGUGGUUCAGCGCUGGAGUGGUACACUCGGCAGGAUCAUGGAAGGUGGUAUACAUGGGAUGAUCUGGCACAAGCAUUCACUUGUCACUUCCAGUACAAUCUCGAGAUUAUUUUGGAUCGACUGUCCUUGACAAAGAUUGAGAAAAAGCACAAUGAAAGCUUCAGGGAGUAUGCCAAGUCCUUCAAUGAAGUGGUAAAGAUGGGCGGUAUGGUAGAAGAAGGGUUCAAGACAAACAAAAUCGUGAGCUAUUCGGCAAUUAAGGCAAUCACCCAGGCCAUUCAAAGUGGAACUGGGGGAGUAAUUGGAAAGAAGAAGAAAGAGGAUGUAGCAACGAUUGAUUCAGGAGCUUGGCUGAGACAAUUGGAUAUGCUGAGGCCGAUCGAGUCAAAGUUGCUAAAUCCUCCCCCGAGUUAUCUUGAUUAUUCUGUAAGUUGCGAAUAUUGUUCUGGUGCUCCGGGGCACGACACGGAGAAAUGCUGGCAAUUGAAAAAUGCUAUCCAAGAGCUCAUUGAUACAAAUCGGAUUGAAGUCCAAGCUCCGGAGGCACCCAACAUCAACCAGAACCCGCUGCCAGCCCAUCAAGAGAUAAACAUGAUCGAGCUA